AAACCUCCCGCCGAGGCAGUUUCAAUUCACCCGUGUGUCGUUCUUGUGACUCGUGAGUGCAUCUUUCAAAGGGAUUAAACGGACUUUAGUGCGUGCGACAGAAUGCUGAGAUACGUUUGCCUUCUCGUGUGCGUUGCCAAUGCCUUUGGCGAUAUUGGCGCCGGUCGGAAUCAGUACUUGCCACCGGAGAAAGGCUACAACUACGACAAGCCCAACUUGCCCUUCCCAUCUGGACAGAAUCCCACGCAGGUGCCCUUCCCACGACCUCCGCCACAGCCUCAGCAGCCCCGUCCGCCGGCACCUCCGCGGCCAUACCAGCCGCCAGCCGAAGACCACCACCAUCACGAGCCCGGCAUGCCCUUCGAGUUCGCCUAUUCCGUGAACGACGCCCCCACCCAGAACGACUACUCACACAAGGCCGUGAGCGACGGCGACGUGACACGAGGCGAAUACCGCACAGCGAUGCCCGACGGCCGCGUGCAGGUCGUGCGUUACACGGCAGACUGGAAGAACGGCUACAACGCCGAAGUCACGUACGAGGGCACGCCGACCUACCCUUCGGGCCCCUACGGACAGGCGAGCAACGACCAGGGCUACAGAUACUAGGUAGAAUAGGCGCUAAUGUGAGAUGGAGCAAGUAUUACUGAAUGGAGCCACCCUUGAUGGCUCUGAAGCUCUCUAUACAAUGUACAGAAUCAAUUCUAUUUCAUAAUUACGUGUAAUUUAUAGUAAUUUACAUUCUGAAGUAAUAAAUGACGAUUUCAUUGGAAUGCGUGUGCUUCAGUGUCUUAAGAUCGCCGCAUCUCUUAAUAGCUGUGAAGAUCAUAAACAAAGCAGUUUGCUACUUCACUUUAUACGCUUUGUCAAGACAAACGAGUCUUCGACAAUCCGCCAAAUGACAUUCUAAUGCGUGCGCAUAAUAAACAGAAUGACACUUUAUGAUCGGAAAUUUGAGAGAUUCACUUGAAAUAGAACUUCUCGCAUUAAUAAGCCUUGCAAUAAAUCAUCACA